AACAUGGCAGCCGGCGGAGGAGCAGCCCGCGGAUCCUGAGGGGCCACUGCCCGCGCCGCCAUGUACUCCUCCGCCGCCUCCUCUUCGACGCCGCUGCCACCCUCCACCAGGCGGGACUUCAUCACCGUGACCCUCAGCCCCGGCGGGGCGCUCGAGGCAGCAGCGGCGGCGGCCGGCGGCGGCUACAACAACAGCAAGGCCUGGCGGAGGCGCUCCUGCUGGCGGAAAUGGAAGCAGCUGUCCCGCCUUCAGCGGAGCUUGAUCCUCUUCCUGUUUGCCUUUCUGGCUGUCUGCGGGGUCAUCACUUACGCAAACAUGUCCGAACCCUGGAAAAGUCUAACCAGCAGAGCUUCAGAGGAACAGAAGACUUAUAUGGAAAUCCCUGGGUUGAAGCCAGCAAACCAGGCAGUUCUCCCGAUUCCACAAAAUGCUGAUGCCAAUCUGGGGGAUUUUUCCCUUCAAAAACCUCCGAAGCAGCUUCCUGUCCGGCGGGGACCUCCUAACCUACAGAUCAGGCCACCAUGGAGAGACUCGAGGUUGAACUUCCCAGAUGAAGCAGCCAAGGAGGAGGGAGAAGCUGGCCAGGCUGGUAAAGAACAAAAAACGGAGAAGUCCGUCAUCAGCUGGAGAGGAGCAGUGAUUGAGCCAGACCAGGGCACAGAACCUCCUUCCAACAAAAUAAAGGAACCAGACAGGCCCUUGCCUGUGGAAUCCGAAGAUACUAAAGAGCCAGUACCUCUCAAUGAGCGCCAGAUGGCAGUGAUAGAAGCAUUCCGCCACGCUUGGAAAGGCUACAAGGAGUUCGCCUGGGGCCACGACGAGUUGAAGCCCAUCUCUAAGUCGUUCAGCGAAUGGUUUGGCCUUGGCCUAACACUCAUUGAUGCCCUGGACACCAUGUGGAUCAUGGGCUUGAAAGAAGAGUUCAAAGAAGCAAGGAAGUGGGUUGCCACUGACCUCAACUUCAAUAAGAAUGUGGACGUCAACCUAUUUGAGAGCGCCAUUCGGAUCCUUGGAGGCCUGUUGAGCACUUACCACCUCACGGGGGACAGCCUCUUCCUAGAAAAAGCUAAAGAUAUUGGGAGCAGGCUCAUGCCGGCCUUCAACACCCCAUCUAAGAUUCCAUUUUCGGAUGUCAACAUUGGCCGGGGCACAGCGCAUCCUCCUCGCUGGACAUCUGAUAGCACCGUAGCAGAGGUGACCAGCAUCCAGCUGGAGUUCAGGGAGCUUUCACGCCUUACCGGGGAAGAGAAAUUUCAGAAAGCAGUGGAUGGGGUGAUGAAACAUGUCCACACCCUUGCUGGCAAGAACGACGGCUUGGUGCCUAUGUUCAUCAACACCAACAGUGGGCAGUUUACCCACUUGGGGGUCUAUACUCUUGGAGCCCGAGCAGACAGCUACUAUGAGUACCUGCUCAAGCAAUGGAUCCAGGGAGGGAAGAAAGAAAAUGAGCUUUUGGAAGAUUACGUGAAGGGUGUCGAGGGGGUGAAGAUGCACCUUCUCCGGAAAUCGCAACCAAGGAGACUGACUUUUGUUGGUGAACUUGCUCAUGGCCGCUUCAGCGCUAAAAUGGAUCACCUCGUCUGCUUCUUGCCUGGAGCCCUGGCUCUUGGUGCCCACAACGGGCUCCCCGCGGACCACAUGGCCUUGGCAGUGGAGCUGGCAGAAACCUGCUACCAGAUGUAUGCGCAAGUGGAGACGGGCCUGAGCCCAGAGAUUGUCCACUUCAACAUGCAUGCACAAAAGGACCGGAAGGAUGUGGAGAUAAAGGCAGCGGACAGGCACAAUCUUCUGCGCCCUGAGACAGUGGAGAGCCUUUUCUACCUGUAUCGAUUCACUGGUGACAAGAAGUACCAGGAUUGGGGCUGGGAGAUACUGCAGAGCUUCAAUAAAUACACACGGGUCCCCACUGGUGGCUACACGUCCAUCAACAAUGUCCAGAGCACCAGCAACCCAGAGCCAAGAGACAAGAUGGAAAGCUUUUUCCUCGGGGAAACGCUCAAGUACCUUUUCUUGCUCUUCUCUGAUGAUGUGGACUUGAUAAACCUCGAUAAGUAUGUCUUCAACACAGAAGCUCACCCUCUUCCAAUUUGGCCAUCAGCAUAAAAUGAAAGUUGAGGCACCAACCAUUCCCAGUCUUGAUCGUGUCCCAGCUUGUUGGGGUCUGAAGGGAGGUGUGCAGAGUUUUCUGGGUUCGUUUUUUUUGCUGGCAGCACGUCAGAAAGGUUUACGGAAGGGGAGCUUCAGAUAUACACCCCCCCACACUACCCUUGCGUCUUAUCUCCGUCCACAAAGACUUGGUUGGGCAAGCAAUGAAAUGCUGAAGUGCUGAAUCCUGCCUGGAGCACGAGACAUUUGAGAGGAGAAACAUGGAUCACAUUUAUUUGACCCGGUGAGAUCCACCAAGCCUUAGAUUUCGUAUUGGUGUCUGAAUGAACGUCCUGGUGAGAGGAGACUCAUUUGGGAACCCCAAGAAGCUCUUACUUUACAGCAUCGCUCCACUGUAUGAGCCUGUGCCAUGUCUGUAUGGUAGAGGGAGCAGAAAGGGAUAGGCACCCUCAUCCCAGAUUUAGAAUCCUUGCUGCUGGUGCAGUUUGCUGGUUUUCCACUUACAUUCCAAGCCAGAGGGCUCUGCUGCUGGCCACACAAAAAAAGCUAACCCCUUUUAGCAGUGUUACCAGUGGUGACAUCUUCAUGGCACUCUGAAUAAUCUUGUGAUGCUCGUACCGUUGUGAACUGUGGGGCAGCUUAAGCGCAGAGGCUGCUGAUUUGGGUGGAGGGUUGUGUACACUUCUAGGAGUGUCACUCUAUAUAUUUCUUAACUUAUCUGCAGAAAUGCAGGAAGACAAUGUGAAAAAGAAAUUUUACAUUCUU